AUGUUUAUAUUUUUGAACAAAGAAUUUUUUGCAUUCUUCGGUAUUCUUUCGUGUGCUCAUAAUCUAUGGAUAAACCAAGCUUGUCCAGAUGCUCUUGGUCCAUUACACAGAUGCGUCAGUGUUACCAGCUGUAUGCCUUCUUUUAAAGAUCUCAAUACGACGCCAAGGUGUGGACCUGAAAAACAAGGUCUCUGUUGUCCUGUCAUACAUCCGCAUAGUCCUCCUCGUUGUGGAAUUCGGAUGUCACCAAUCAUUUCCCCGAACAUUCUUACGCGUAAGAAAAAAGAAGAGCCGGGUGAAAGAAAUAGUAGUAAAGAGACAUUUCAAAAGCGAAAAAAACGCUCUAAAAACGGUGAUAGAACUAAAAAACCCAUUAUAAAUAAGAUUGUGAAAAACCGAGAAUAUUUUACACCGAAGAUAAUCGAAGAAAGGAAAGAUAUAAAUCUAAUUUCUGAAUCAAAUGUUAAUAAUUUUUCUAAUUUAGAAGCUGGCAAUGAUCUUUCUGGCCGGCCACUGGUAAAUACCCGUGAAUCAGAUUAUGAUAAUAUGCCGAGAAAUGGUUCACAUCGAAUUUCCAAUAAAUCGAUUGGUGUAAUUACUUUCUCAAACGAAGUAAAUUCAAAAAUGCAUCUAAGAGAUACACAAAAGGAAGACGAGAAUACUGUUUCUUUGGGUGGAAAAUAUGGAAGUCCUGGGAAUCAUGCUACAGUGGUUUCACAAAAUGGCACUAAAAUUGGUAAUAGACAUUUUAAACUGGAAGCAAACUGCAAUGACUACAUAAGCAGUACGAAGCAAUAUGAACAAAGCCGUUUAGCAACUACUGAACCGGAUGAAUUCAUACUAACUAAUGAAACGAUAACUACUGAGGAAACAAAAAAGGAAAAAAGAGUUUUCAAUCGCCUUAAAAAUAAUUCACAGUUAAACGAAGAUGACGUAAAAAUAAUAACCGCAAUUAAAACGGUGACGUCAAAUAGUAAAGACGCAAAAAAUUAUGAAAGGCCAAUAGGUUUCAUUGCGUCUGAAUCUUUUAGGAAUAAUUUAAACAGAAUUCAAUUUGAAACCGAAAAUUUCUCGAAAUUCCUUUACGAAAAGAACAUUGAAAAUAAAACUCAGAAAACCACCUCUAGUAAAAAUAAGAAGUUACAAUUUCAAAAUAUAAACCUGACAGACGACAUUAAGAAACUGAGUCGCAUUAGGCGAGAGUUGCAACAGGAAGCAUUUACAGCAAUUUCGACGAAGAGCGAAGAAGGUGCGAAAGAUUCUGCUAUUUCUGUGGCACAAACACAUAGCCCAGUCAGCGGAGGUUAUAUUCGAUUGACUAGUGAUGGUCCUAAAUUUACCUCAACUCCUACUAUAAGCAACAAAAAACACUACACGGCUAGAGUUGAUAUUUUAGAGAAGAAUUCUCAGAAUGCUUCUAAGUCUGAAACAAAAAAUAAAAAGAAAGGCGUGAAUAAAAUGAUGAGAUCGCAUUCAAAGCGUGAAAAAUCCUCAGGAAACAGUUAUAAAACUAUGGCUACCAUUCCAAUGAUAGAACUAAAUAAUAACACUGAGUUCUUAAGUCAGAACACAAAAAGUUCCCAGUUAGUCGAUCGAAAAGCUGAAAUUUACACAAUAUCUUCUGAAAAUGGUCAAGAUGUUUCUGAAAAUAUUAAAUUAAAUUCUUCUGAGGCACAGUUGUUAGAUAUUUCUGGUACAGCGAGAGUAAGUGACGAGAGCUUAGAAGAGAAUGAAAAACUGUUAGGACCCAAUUAUAAAGUUAUGGCUCAAACUUCAAUCCCAUUGGACACUUUACCAGAAUUAUUCAACGAAACUGACUUUUUAAGUGAAAAUAUAAAAUUUAAUCAUUCAACCAAUUUAAACUUAAAAAAUGAAGUUUACAAAAUAUCUUCUGAAAACGAUCAUGAUGAUUCUGAAAAUAUAACAUUAAAAUCUUCUGAAGUUCUGUUGUUAGAUAUUUCUGGUACAACGAGAGUAAAUGACGAAAGCUUAGAAGAGGAUAUGGAUGACAAGUUUCGCAAUGCGGCUAAUUCAGAUUCAAAAAGUAAACAGAACAACAAGCAAUCCCAUUCAAACUAUGAAAAACCGUUAGGAAGCAAUUAUAAAAUUGUGGCUCAAACUUCAAUUCCAUUGGACACUUUACAGGAAUCAUUCAACGAAACUGAAAUUUUAAGUGAAAACAUGAAAUUUAAUCAUUCAACCAAUCUAAACUUAAAAAAUGAAUCAUCUGAAAUAUCAUCUGAAAACAGUCAUGAUGAUUCGGAAAAUACAAAAUUAAAAUCUUCUGAAGCGUUGUCGUUAGAUAUUUCUGAUAAAGCGAGAGUAAAUGACGAAAGCUUAGAAACGGAUAUGGAUGACAAGUUUCGCAAUGCGGCCAAUUCAGAUUCAAAAAGUAAACAGAACAACAAGCAAUCCCAUUCAAACUAUGAAGACCAGUUAGGAAGCAAUUAUAAAAUUGUAGCUCAAACUUCAAUUCCAUUGGACACUUUACCAGAAUCAUUCAACGAAACUGAAAUUUUAAGUGAAAACAUGAAAUUUAAUCAUUCAACCAAUCUAAACUUAAAAAAUGAAUCAUCUGAAAUAUCAUCUGAAAACAGUCAUGAUGAUUCUGAAAAUACAAAAUUAAAAUCUUCUGAAGCGCCGUCGUUAGAUAUUUUUACUAAAGCGAGAGUAAAUGAUGAAAGCUCGGAAGAUAUGGAUUACAUAGUUUAUGAUCAAAAAUUUUUUAAAAGUGAUAAUAAAACUAAAAAUGACACUGACCAGAAUUUGUUUCAAAUUACGCAGUUUGAAUCAGAAGAUUUUAAACCCAGAAACAAUGAGAGUAUUGCUUCAAUUUUUGAAGUAACAGGUAUACCUGUCCAAUUUAGGAAACACCAAAUAAACGAUAAAAAAGCUGAUGAUAUUUCAUCUCUACUUCUUACCAGAACUAGACCUAGAAAUAAGGAAACAUCGUCAGAAGUUGAAAACCAUCAUUUGGAUGAAACGAUGGUUCCUUCUACACCUUUGCAAAAUGACACUAUUAAGGAGACGCCAACUGUCUUAGAAACUACAACAGAAGUUCCGACUUUGACGCAUACUACUGAUUCUAUCACUGUACCACAUUUAAAUACUGGAGACACAAAAACAGCGACAGUUGCUUCUUCUGAGGAAGAACUGAAGCAACGAAUGCAUGCUGAUAAUACACCCAAAGCCGGAUUGGAAACAGCUGAACAACAAGCAGGCCUUAAAACAGGCCCAUUUUUAACUAAAUCAUUUUCUUCCGGUAAAGAGAACUUGACCAGAUUGGACACGACUGAUGCGGAAGCAAAAUUUGAAAAUGACACUGAUGUUUCAUUUCCGAAUAACACAUUAGAUAUGAUGAUGGAGAUCAUAACGACGCAAAAACAGAAAAAUUUUAAAUUCGAAGACAAAUUUAUGAACAUUCCUCCUGAUCCGGAAGAAACAGUAGUUGCUUCCGGUAUGAAGAAACUUUACAGGAAAAGGUUGUUCCGGAAAGGGAAGUAUGUCAUUUCGCACCUCGGUCAAGAAGCGAAAGUGUUACGAGCACAAAAAGCUCACACACUCACUAACGAAACUCUUGAACAGGAGAAGGACACAGAGAUGAACAGCCAUACUUUCAAACCAAAUAGGUUUCGUUCGUACCGAACGAAAAAUUUGAACUUGAACAACGAUUUUUUUCCCAACUACUGCCCUUGCAAUGCAGACCAAGGAUCAUCAACCUAUAACACAAUACUUAAUCCAUACUACUCACCUAGGCUCGGACAAUCCUCUUUCAUACAGGAUGAUUUGAGUGAUUAUCGAAGAGCAGAAUUCCAUACCGAUACUUUACAUUCGAAUCAUAAAAGAAUUCCCAAUUCGUUUCAUUUGGAAGGGAUCAAUUAUCUUCCUCAUGGAAUACACCACCAUAAUUAUAUCCCUGAAAAAAACCGUAACUGUAUUUGUCCUAAAUUGAUACCAAAUAGCUAUCUUAUGAAUAGGAAUUCCCAAUUUGACAGGGAAUUCGAAUCUGGAAACAGAUACACAGAUAUACAUCAACCAAAUGCUUUGAAAUCAUAUAGGAGUGGAGGUAGAUCUUUUAUACCAGAUCAUAAUAGUGAAACACUUUCAAGUGCGCAAGGUAUAAUACCAAACAAUCGUAAAAUUCCCGAUUCGUUACAAUUGGAAAGACUGGGAAAUUAUAAUAUCGAAAUGUCUAAUGAGAUACGUCAUAGACUGGUAAAGAAUUUGAACGCCUCUAAUAAUUUUCACCAACCUAAUGGAAACGAAUCACUGGAAAAAUAUGAGAUCCAGCAAAAUACUGUCGAAAUCCGCAAUGAAAACGCUGAGGAUGUUAACAUGUUCGAUUAUCGCUUGCUUGCUGAUAUUACUACAUUCGAAGGUAAAAUAAACGGUUCCCUGCAAGCCCAAACAGAAGAUGAUGAUGAAUCCAAACCUAUCAGAGAGAGUAGUCCUGAGUUUACAAUUGGAGGGAGACUGGAAACCAUUUCUUGGCCUUGGAUGGUUGGAAUCUAUACAUAUCCAUCAAUGCGAUUCAUAUGUGGAGGAACAUUGAUAGAUUACGAACAUGUCCUGUCAGCAGCUCACUGUUUCUACCAGGAGGAAGAUGGUGAAUUAGAGAAAUACGCCGUGAUCAUCGGAAAACUGGAUAGAGUUAAGAAACACAUACCCCUUGAGAAUUUUUUUCGUGUUGAAAAGGUGUAUGUUCAUCAGAAGUUCACGCCUGAAUGCUUCUGUCACGACAUAGCCCUCCUGCGUUUAAAUAUGAUAUUGGGUCCUGAACAUGUGCCCAUAUGCUUGCCACACAGAGAUACAGCUGGACCCGGAGAGAACGGCACUGUCCUAGGAUGGGGAGAUACGAUGUACUCCAAAUCUGAAGAUUCUAGUACUCAAAGACUUCAAAGGUUAGACGACGUCAUCCUCUACCCGGGCAAUGAAUGCAGGAACAUUAUAAGCAGAAUUGCCGGUAAGCCAUUACCGAAGGAUUUUGGGGAUUAUUACUUAUGUGCCGGUGUUCCUGAUGGCUCUAAAGAUGCCUGUGUGGGGGACUCCGGUGGUCCUUUGAUGCACGAAGAUUAUGACGGAAUUUGGUCACUCAUUGGCGUCGUUUCCUUUGGCUACAAGUGUGGUAACCCUGGGACACCUGGAACAUAUGCAAGAGUCUCCUACUUUAUCCCUUGGAUUAUGUACCAUAUAGAACAUAAGCCUUAAUUCAUUCGAAGCUUUCAUAGUUGAGGAUUCCGGAUCUGAUUGGAACAAACUGUAAC